GUUCUAAAAACCGAAUUAAGUGUAGUUUAUUGGGCACAUCAUCGACGCUCAGCAUAAACUAAUUAAGUUACAGUAUUGAAAGUGCCACGUGUAACUUACUCGUGAGAAAUAAAUUAAAUCGUCAUUAGUUCCUGUUCUCAACACGUUCCCGUUAAAAGUAAUUUCGGACAAUAAGUAUUGUUAACGCAACAGGGCGCGACAAAAGAGAAAGUGCCUCUUGUUCAUCCCUGGUCGGUCUGAUAAGCGAUGCUCCAGAGAGAAUGGGACAAGCUUUGUGUAUCUGCUCUCGCAGUGCCAUCACCAUCGACAACAAAAGAUACUAUUUCAUCCAGAAGCUAGAAGAAGGGGGUUUCAGCUACGUGGACCUUGUAGAAGGUUCACAUGAUGGACGGUUCUACGCUCUAAAACGGAUCCUUUGCCAUGAUCGCGAGGGUCGUAAAGAGGCUCAGACCGAAGUGGAGAUGCACCAACUCUUCAGUCACUCCAACAUCCUCAGUUUGACCGCACACACCUUUGUGGAGAGAGGAGGAAAAUGUGAAGCCUGGCUGUUGCUACCAUACAUCAGUAAAGGAAGUCUCUGGUCAGUUCUUGAGAAACUGCGGGAUAAGGGAAGCUCCAUGCCUGAAAGCCGUAUCUUACACAUUCUGCAUGGUAUCUGUGAAGGACUUCAAGCUAUUCAUGACAAAGGUUAUGCUCACAGAGACUUGAAACCAACCAAUGUUUUACUGGAUGAGAACAACUGCCCUUAUUUAAUGGAUUUGGGAUCCAUGAACAAGGCCAGAAUUGAAGUCCGGGGCUCACGGGAAGCAAUGACAAUCCAGGAUUGGGCAUCUCAGAGAUGUACCAUCUCGUACAGGGCACCAGAGCUGUUUAAUGUGGAGAGUCAUUGUAUCAUUGAUGAAAGAACUGAUAUCUGGUCUCUAGGUUGUGUGUUGUACUCGAUGAUGAUGCUCGAGGGACCCUAUGACCUGAUCUUUCAGAAAGGUGACAGCGUGGCUCUCGCUGUUCAAAAUCCAGUGUCCAUUCCACAGCCUUGCAGUUAUUCUCAAGGGCUUCAGACUCUCCUCAGCUCUACUAUGGUGACCAAUCCUCAGGAAAGACCCAGAAUCAGCUGGGUACUUGACCAAGUCCAGAACCUUCGGGGCUCAGAUGGGACAGCUAUAGAGACAAAUAGAGUAUGAUGCUUGUACAAAGGGAGCACCUAGAUGAUUUUUUGUUUUCAGUUGAAUUUUUGGACUAUGCACUCUCUCGCUUUCGGACAGAAGUUACUCCCUGAACUCACAGCCUGGCAAACAUUUGCUUUCAUACCUCACUGGGUUCAGAACGCAACGGUUAGACACGUAUACACACUCGUGAUAGAUAUCAAUGUCUGUCUUUUUCUCAACAAAACUUUGCAGGUCCAUAUUUUAUCCCAAAUAUGACUCAACCCCCAUGUAUGCAAAACCCUACAAAUCACACAAAGGAGAGGGCAAUAGUUCAGUUUGCUACAUUGAAUAUUUUAUUAUUAUUGUGUACUAAUUGUAAUUUGGCUUUAAGGUAAGUAAAGAAGAAAGUAUUAUCAACAAUGUUUUUUUAAAUUGCUUAAAAUGGGCUACGCUUUAUUUUACUGUGUUUCUUUACACGUUGCACGUACUUAGUACAGUAAUAAGAAUGAAUUAUGCAUAAUUACAUGCAACUAUUAUAUUAAUAUUACUCAAUACUUGAAAUAUAUAUUUAAACUGUAACAAAUACACCUUAAAAUAAAGUGUAAUCUGUAAUUGAUGUUUGUUAUAUACUUUUAGGAAAUUGUCCCUGGGAAAA